AUGGAAAGAUCAACCGGGAUAUUUGACAGUCACAGCACGGUGUUUCAAAAGACUAUGUACAUAACUAUAAUAUGGUUAACAUCGUUCCUGUUUUGUGGCAUUAUCUGGGAAAUUAUUCAACGCUGCAGAACAAGAGCAAAGGUUACAUCACAUGGUAAUUACAUACACCUUCGGAUCUUUUGAAUACUUUAAAUUGUUUUUUUAAUGCCUAGAUAUUAACGUUUUCCUUUACGCCUUUGAUAAUUUGCUACCCGUUUCCAGCGCCAAUAACCAUCCUCGGCUAUCCCGGUUACUCUAUCUGUGUCUAUCUUUAGCUUUCAGGUAAACUGUUACAUCGGAAACACUACCAUAAUUCUUAUUCUAGAUACACAAUGUCUCUGACCUUACUGAUCCUUGCAAUAUGCAGGACGCUUCUCAUGUACUAAGCUAAUAGUGCCCUACCACACCCAAGAGUCCUCUGUCUCUCAGCGGUGCAGCAGUGGGCCGGGCGAUCCUGAGGACUAAGGGAGUAAGACUCAAAUUGUUUUCUAUGUGUCUUGCUCAUGGAAAAACACAAAAAAACUUUACUUUACUUUACAACUUUGCUAUAAAAUUUGGAAGUUUCACAUACUUAAUAAUGCCUCGGAUAUUUUAAAGUGUUCUGUAUUUCUUCCUAUCCAUCUCAUUUCUCCCUGAUUUAUCUCAUCUUAUCAAAAUUGUUCGAAAAUGUAAUAGAGGGAAGAUUUUCGCGUUGACUACCAUUUUCUGUACGUGUUCUCCCUAUUUUGUUUUAGAUUCACGACAAGAGCUAAGGACCGAGUUGAAAGGAAUGGUCGAAAGUUUUAAUGAAAACAUUCGAACAAUUAAAAAAGAACUGGCAUCACGACAUACAAGAGAAAGAAAAGAACUCCUGACAAGUAUAGAGAAGCAGCGAGGCAGGAAAUAUCUUUCGUCAGUUGAACUUUCAGAGCUGGACAACCCUUACUUUGAACCAGAACCUGACGAACAGGUAUCACCCAAGGAUAAACUUGAU